UGUUUCAAGUGCGGAGGCCUGACGUAUGGUAUAUUCCAGUCUCCGGACGUAGCGAAUGCGCAGGAGGCAAAAACUAUCUACGAGCAGCGCACGGGGCGCAAAGAGGUUCGCGAGCGCUCGCCUAUUCCAGCUCAAGUAAAUGGACUAGUUAACACCACCGUGACGUUGGAUAGUGGAGCUGGGGUCACGCUCAUUCGACCAGAAAUACUGGAGAAACUUCGAAAAACAGACAGCGAGUUGGCCAACCGCGAU